AUGGCUUCUUCUGCUCUGUCGCUAACCUCCGCUUUCGUCACUCCUCGCUCGUUGUCGGAUAAUCUCAAGGCAAAUCGAAAGCUUGGGGCUUCCAAUCAUUUUCUGGGAAAAGAUUGUGUCAAGGCAAAGCCCUUUACCAGCACACGCAUGAGUUUAGCAGUCGAGGUUUCCAGAUUCAAUGAAAUAACAAUGGCUCCUCCCGACCCCAUUCUUGGUGUUUCUGAAGCAUUUAAAGCGGAUACGAAUGAAAUGAAGCUUAACCUUGGUGUCGGUGCCUAUCGUACUGAAGAACUUCAACCCUAUGUGCUCAAUGUUGUUAAGAAAGCAGAAAAUCUCAUGCUGGAACGUGGGGAAAACAAAGAGUAUCUACCGAUCGAAGGUUUGGCUGCAUUUAACAAAGUUACGGCAGAACUAUUAUUUGGAGCAGACAACGUUGUUAUUCAGGAAGAAAGGGUUGCCACUGUCCAGGGUCUUUCAGGAACUGGGUCUCUGAGGCUUGCUGCAGCCCUCAUAGAGAGAUACUUCCCUGGUUCCAAAGUUCUAUUGUCAUCUCCAACAUGGGGGAACCACAAAAAUAUUUUCAAUGAUGCCAGAGUUCCAUGGUCUGAGUAUCGAUAUUAUGACCCCAAAACUGUUGGCUUGGAUUUUGAAGGGAUGAUAGCUGACAUAAAGGCGGCUCCGAAUGGAUCAUUUGUGCUACUUCACGGUUGUGCGCAUAACCCAACUGGCAUUGACCCCACUCCAGAACAGUGGGAAGGGAUUGCUGAUGUCAUUCAGGAAAAGGGCCACGUUCCAUUUUUUGAUGUUGCUUAUCAGGGAUUUGCAAGCGGGAGCCUCGAUGAAGAUGCAUCCUCAGUGAGGUUGUUUGCUGCACGUGGCAUGGAGCUUCUGAUUGCUCAGUCUUACAGUAAAAAUUUGGGUCUCUAUGCGGAAAGGAUUGGAGCGAUUAACGUUGUAUGUUCAACAUCUGAUGUUGCAAAAAGGGUGAAGAGCCAGUUGAAAAGGAUUGCACGGCCCAUGUACUCAAAUCCUCCAAUACACGGAGCUAAGAUAGUCGCGAAUGUAGUGGGGAACUCUGAUCUCUUCAAUGAGUGGAAAGAGGAGAUGGAGAUGAUGGCUGGAAGAAUAAAGAGUGUCCGCCAGAAAUUAUACGAUAGCCUAAGUGCAAAGGACAAAACCGGCAAGGACUGGUCCUUUAUUCUCAAACAAAUCGGCAUGUUCUCAUUCACAGGCUUGAACAAAGCUCAGAGCGAGAACAUGAGCAACAAGUGGCACAUCUACAUGACCAAGGAUGGAAGAAUAUCGUUAGCCGGUUUAUCUUUGGCCAAGUGUGAAUACCUUGCCGAUGCUAUUUUUGAUUCGUAUCAUAAUGUUAGCUAA